UUUGAAUAAUAGUGGUAAUAUUUAUUCAUUUAAAUGUACAUUAAAAAGCAUUAAAAAAUUAUAAUAAUUGUAUAAUGUGUUAAAUAGAAUACUAUACCCCUCCCCUCUUCUUUACCCGCGAAGCCGCGAUUACGCGCAGCCGCACUACCAUCCAUGUGACGUGCAAGUGAGUGACGUCCUGUUCGCUCAGCAAUGCGUGCAUGCAUGAGAGGAGUAGGAGACGAAACUCACAAACUAGUAAGUAAAACUCAGUUUAUUAUAGGUUAUAUAACGCGUAUUGUGUCAAGCUAAGAUAAUCACUGUUAAUGCUGAGCUGUAAACUUAGAGAAGCUCAUAUACGUUAAUGUUUGGCUACUUUAGGCUAACGUUAGCUCUAAUGGUAAACUGCAUGGCAACGGGCAUAACGUUAUCGGAUUUAACUUUAGCUUUUUAUGAUAUUGAAAUGUUGAUCGAUUGAUACUCAUCUUUGAUAGAUUAAUAUUAUUCCACCAUGAUCUGAUCUUUAAAUUAUUUGCGGUUUUUAGCAACAUUUAAUCCACAACCGGCUUCGGUCUCUUGAUCAGCGUUUCACGAGAGAUGAGAGGGAGACGAAACUCACAAACAAGGUUUUAAUAAAAAUUCAAAAUGAAGAGGAAGACAGUAGAUAUAUCGACAUUCUUCAGCAAAAGAUCAGUAAACUCUGGGACAUGUGAUGAAAGAGUGAAGCCUCAAGAGAAAGAGAGUAUAGAAUGUGACAUUCAGGAGCUGGAUGAGACAGAGAGGCAGGAGCUGGAUGAGACAGAGAGGCAGGAGCUGGAUGAGACAGAGAGGCAGGAGCUGGAAGAGAGAGACAUGCAAGAGCUGGAAGAGAGAGACAUGCAAGAGCUGGAAGAGACAGACAGGCAGGAGCUGGAAGAGAGAGACAUGCAAGAGCUGGAAGAGACAGACAGGCAGGAGCUGGAAAAGACAGACAGGCAGGAGCUGGAAAAGACAGACAGGCAGGAGCUGGGACAGCCAACUGCUCACACAGACCUAUCAGAUAUAUCUAAAUCCCGAGCAGAGGAUCCAAGACAGCCCAGACUAAAGCUUUUUCCAAGAACCCUCCAGUUAAACAGAAGACGCAGUUUUAAGGCAGAAUGGUACAACGCUCACAAAUGGUUAGAAUACUCCCAGAGUAAAGACUCCGCUUACUGCUAUGCCUGCAGACACUUCAGCCUUCCUAACUCUGGUGAUUCAGUCUUUACAUCUGUUCAAGGAUUCCGAAACUGGAAAAAAGCCACUUACAAAGAUGGAGGGUUUGCAGCUCACUCAAAAUCAGAAUGUCACAUUAAUGCAAUGUUAGCAUGGACAGAGUAUAAACAAUCAGCUACAUCCAGCUGUUCUCUCAUGAACUCUUUAAGUAAUGAGUACAAUAAAUUGGUCAAAGAAAAUCGUGAAUAUAUAAAAACAGUUGCUGAGGUCUUGCUCCUCACAGCAACACAACAUAUAGCUCAAAGAGGCCACAGGGAUACAGAUGGUAAUAAGGGUAAUUUCCUUGCUAUAAUGGACUUGAUGGCAAAACAUGAUGAAACUGUUAAAAGAAAGAUGACAAAACAACGCAAUGCAACAUAUACAAGUCACAGAAUACAAAAUGAAAUACUUGAUUGUCUUGCUGAAAUGGUCCGUUCAUCUAUAAUUAAGGAGGUUAAAGAAAGUGAGUCUUUUAGUAUAAUGGUAGAUGAAACAAAAGAUGUAAGUAAGAAGGAUAUUACUACAGUGGGGCAGUGCAUGAAAGCUUGCUUCAUUUUGAGGCUGCAGAACACUUAGAUGCUGCUGCUCUAACAGAGAAAAUCAUUCAGAAGCUUCAGUGUUAUGGCCUUGAUUAUAAAAAUAAUUUAGUAGGCCAAGCAUACGACGGUGCCUCAGUGAUGA